GGCCCGUCACGGCCCAUAAAUUAUUCGUGCUCGUGUCGGGCUGGCCCAUUUAUUUCGUGCCCGUGCUCGUGUCGUGCUCUAACCGUGUCGUGCCGUGCUAGCCCGUGGGCGGCACGGCCCGGUGCCCACGUACACCCAUAACCACGAGUUCCGUGAUCGCGAUCGACGACACCAAGACACGGGAGCAGCUGAUUAACUGAAGGGGAUCAAGCUUGUUAUUUCCUCGUUUUAGGGGAGUAUUAACCCAGCUGAAUACCUGGACUAGGAGCGCAAAGUGAUUCUGUUUUUCGACUGCCUCAAUUACACCAAGAGACAGAAGGUCCAGCUAGUUGCCUACGAAUUUGGGAGCUACGCAACAGCUUGGUGGGAACAAUUGAGUAUCAAGAGGUGACGAGUUGGCUUACCUCUAGUCAAGACGUGGAUGGAGAUUAGGAUGUUGAUGAGAGAGCGUUUUGUGACUGCAUAUUAUCAAUGAGAGCUCCACAAUAGCUUGCAAUUUCUUCGCCAAGGCAGUCGAGGCGUGGAAGAAUUCUUCAGGGAGAUGGAGCUCCUCAUGAUCCUGAGCCGACAUCAGCAAGGAUAAGGAGGCUACCAUUAGUCAAUUUUUUCAGGGUCUAAACAGGGACAUCAACAACCAAGUAGAACUGUUUCCAUUCGCGGAACUUGAAGAAGUCGUUCAGCUAGGGGUAAAGGUCGAGAAGCAAUUGAAGCAGCAAAAUCCGAGCAGAAGGUUUCCUACCGCUAACAAUGUCCCUAAACCAAUCUAAGAAUCCGAAUUGAAGCAUGAAUUGCCGCGAAACAUGGCGAGAAACGCCACCCUAGCUGUUCUAGAGAAGGUUGGUGUGACCAGUGGUAGCAUUCGCUGCUUUAAGUGCCAUGGGUAUGGCCACAAAGCACAUCAAUGUGCCAAUCAGAAGGUGAUGAUCCUUCGGGAUGGGAAUUACUGCUCUGAUGAUGAAGAAGAGGAGAAGCAGAAGCAUAUAGGUGACUCCGAGAUCGGAGAAGAGAUGGAAGCAACUGAUGGUCCAUUGCUCGUACUGUAGAGGGCCUUAACAAGCCAGAGGAGGACUUACCCGUCGUGGACCAGCAAAGUAACCUCUUUCACACGAGGUGUCAAGUACAAGGUAAGGUUCUUACCGUCAUUGUGGAUGGGGGUAGCUGCACAAACGUCGUAAGUCUCGACGCCGUCAAGAUGUUGGGAUUAUACAUGAUACCUCGGCCAGAGCCUUACUCCCUUCACUAGCUUAGUGACCACACGGUGAUCAAGGUAAACAAGCAAGCUUGGGUACCGUUUUUUUAUCAAAAAUUACCACGAUAAGCUCAUAUUUGACUUAAUUCCGAUGCGGACCGCUCACCUGGUGCUCGGGCGACCUUGGCAAUUCGAUCGCCUAGUCACUCACGACGGCAGAACGAAUCGGUACUCGUUUAGACAUCAUGGACAGAAGAUGGUGCUCAAACCUAUGAUGUCGGAAGAAGUUCGAUCCGAUCAACAACAUAUGGAAAAAAGUCGAGCACCAGAGUAGGGGGAUUCUAUUAAUUCUCCUCCAGGCAACGAGAAGGGAACCAAUUUGAUGGCUCGUCGGCACUUACAGACCGUUCUCGCGGGCAGAACAGUCCCAAAACGAAACAGAGCGCGACGACUCUGCUUUCCGGUUGCCCUGAAGUGUACCAAAAGGGAGGGAACAGCUGGAGCCACGUUGGAACAAACCACCAGCGCAGACACGUUCCAAUUUCACCCAACGUGUAAAAAUGACUAGAACCAGCUGGCGCAAGCCCAAUCGUAGGAUCACAUAAUCAAAAAUUCGCCACUACGCGAGCCGAACAACGAGCAAAAAAUGGACGAAUUGGUUGAAGAGUUUGGAAGCGAUUCGACCCAAUCCGACCCUUGGGGAAGCUUUCUGGAGUCUCAGGGAACACGAGAAACCAGUUUGGCGAUACUUGAAACAGAAACACCCAUUUUUUGAAUUUGUUAGCCGGAAUCUGGGAACGCGACGCUGGAAUCUGGGAAAUUUAAAUUCCCCGGCGGCGAGAAACAGUCCCAUCAAGAUUCAAGGCGAUUUGGGCACAACCAGAGAUCGCAAAAGGGUGCGUUUGCUUCAUGGGAGCAAGACGAAGACGAUGGCGACAAUGAACUGGAUCGAAAGGG